CUCUCUCUCUGUGUCUCUGGUUGUGAGCACGUGUUGCCUUUAUAAAUCUCCCUGGAGAGCGCACCGAAAAGUGCCUAGUGUGGAUGUUUGCAUUGCGCCAAUGACGCUUGCAGCAGCAUAAGGAAGACGGAGGUAAAGCUAUAGGAAACAGAGGCAGAGGAGGAGAAACAGGGGAGCCAAGAAGAAUGGAGGGGAAGCAGGAAGCUAAAGCAUCCAAAUUUACGAGGAUCUGCGUCUUCUGCGGAAGCAGUCAGGGGAAGAAGAGAAGCUACCAAGAUGCUGCCAUCGAGCUAGGCAAGGAACUGGUGUCGAGGAACAUCGAUCUGGUCUAUGGUGGGGGAAGUGUCGGACUGAUGGGGUUGGUCUCUCAGGCCGUUCAUGAUGGUGGGAGGCAUGUCACAGGGGUUAUUCCCAAGACACUCAUGCCUCGAGAGAUAACCGGGGAGACCGUAGGAGAGGUGAAGGCAGUCGCCGAUAUGCAUCAACGGAAGGCAGAGAUGGCGAGGCGCUCCGAUGCCUUUAUUGCUUUACCUGGAGGAUACGGGACUCUUGAAGAGCUGCUUGAGGUGAUAACGUGGGCUCAGCUUGGCAUCCAUGACAAGCCGGUAGGAUUGCUGAACGUCGAUGGAUACUAUAACUCCUUGCUAUCGUUCAUUGACAAGGCAGUGGAAGAAGGUUUCGUCAGCCCAAAUGCCCGUCAUAUCAUAUUAUCCGCUCCAACGGCAAAAGAAUUGAUGAAGAAAUUAGAGGAGUACUUCCCUCGACAUGAAAGAGUGGCUUCGAAGCUGAACUGGGAGACGGAGCAGCUUGGUUACUCCAAAUACGAGAUUUCACGAUAGAGAUUGAUGUUGGGAGUAGCAGGUUUUUGUCAAGAAAUUAAGGUGUUGAAAUUGGAGUGGACCAGAAGCAAGUGCUUGGGAUUCUUUCCUCUGUAAAUUAUGACAAAAUGACUGGAAAAAUUUUAUAAAGCUUCA